AUGGCAGACGAGUCCCAGCUCAGUAUUGACACCGGCGACAGCGGGAGUUUUACCCUGAGAAGGAGCCUUCGCAAGCUCUGCCGCCUUGAGCGAGAACUCCAUCUCCAGCACUUCCACGUCAGAAGGAGACAGAUACAGCUGGCCAGGAGCUGGAUGGACUACGACCAGGACUUGACUCUCUUGCAGACAUGGUAUAAGCUGGAUAAAAACACAAUUCCCGCCGUUUACCGUUUACUUACGGUUAGAUUAGCACACAUCACCCUGACUACCUCAGUCGGGAUGGGCAUCGUGAGGAAACUGGGAAGGAAGGCGUGGCGCUCUUCCUGUGUGAAGCUGUGGAACGUCCUGUGGAGAUCUGGCCCCGAGGCCAUCGGAGAAGAAGCCACCUGCCAUCUGCUUAAAACAGGCCUUGUUAAAUCACAAAGCCCAAAUGUGUAUGUUUUAGUGUUGGACUGGGAAGUGGAACAGGGUCUUGGAGGAAAGCAGCCUCCAGAGGAGUACAGUCACUGCUAUAAGAGGAUCAUCACUGACCUGCUGUACAAUCUGAAAAAUGAAUACGCACCACAGUUUAUAGACUUGCACAAAGGAAGAUCUGAAAUCAAUCAAACGUUGCAUCAAGCUCAGCAGCGCUUUAUACGCAACAUUCACCUCAAGCUGAGACACACUAACAUCCAUGAGACAAACGUCAGCUGGGGAAGGAAGGGUCUGAGUGCCAAACACAACAGAUCUCAUCAGUUUUAUGUGGAACGGCUCUGCUCACACGUCCAGCGCACGCUCACUGCAUCCCUCAACAAACUAAUGCAGGUACGUCAGGCUAAAGGCUCCUUCGACAUGCAGAGGAAGGAGGUUUCCAGACUCCGAGUGGAAGAAGAGAUUCACCGUCAUGUCAGAUUUGGGAAAACACUAGCACAGGGCUAUGCAUUCAGGCAGGACUUUCUGAUGGAAAUGAAGCAUGCACUCGAAGCAUCUGCGUCUUCCCAGAAUGCCUUGCUAUUACUGGGGGAACCGGGCUCUGGAAAGAGCACGAUACUUGCCAAACUGGCACAACUCAUACCUAGCUGGAUACCUGGGAAUGCCAAAGUGCUGAUGUGUUUUGUAGGCCUGACGUCCGACAGCAGAAACGUACGUCUUCUCCUCCAGACCCUGUGUCUGCAGUUAGCCAACAUCUAUAACCUCAAAACAGAGAUGUCUGAGUCACUAUCAGAGUUGUCUAGUGAGCUGUGCUCAUUGUUGGGCCUGGUGACAGAAGACCGUCCCUUGACCCUGCUGCUGGAUGGUCUGGAUAAUCUGAGCGAGGAACAUGAGGCUGACCUUUCCUGGCUUAGUGACGCUUUACUGCCAAACGUCUUCACUGUCCUGUCUGCUAGCACGCAGUCUAAAUGUGCUCGUAUUCUACAGUCCCAAAUUAAAGUCACGGUCCUGUCCCUGCCAGCCCUUAACCGUGAGGACGUCACAUCAGGACUGGUGUCAAGACUAGCAUCAGAUUUUCGCCAGCUGACUGAAAACCAGUGGAACCUUUUAUUCCAAUCCUGUCUAUCCUGUCCGUCCCCUCUCUACCUCAAUCUAGUCUAUGCUGAGACCAGGAAAUGGAGUUCCUUCACACCGAAAGAGAGUCUCAACACCCCUAUGGAUCCGAAUAAACUCUUCGUGAGCAUCCUUGUUAGUUUGGAGCGAGAGCAUGGGCCGUGUUUGGUACGUCGUACGGCUUUGCUCGUAUCACUGUCCUGUUCUGGUGUGACUGAGGAGGAGCUCUUGGUGCUUCUGGGGCGUGAUGAUCAUGUCACACGUGAGAUGGCGGCUUUGCAUCAUCAGACGAUUCCCGUUUCUGAAUACUCUCCAGUGCCUUAUGCGUUUGUGGCGCGACUGCUGCACGGUCUGAAGGGUUACGUCAAAGAAGGGGAAAGUGACGGCACUUGGGUGCUGCGCUGGACUCAUGCGGAGUUCACCCACGUCGCCCUGCAGCGAUACGCACCAACAGGAGACUCAGUAAAAGCUGUACAUGCGGACUUUGCAGAUUACUUUAAUGGGAAUGUCCCAAAUAGCCAGGUUUUUCAGCCACUAGCCUGGAUGAGGAAGGAGAAGGGAAGGAGGUGCUAUGAAUUUAAUUUGCGCAGGCUGCACUGUUUGCCGUAUCAUUACAUCCACUCCGAGCAGAUAAUUCCUUUACUCACACAGUGUCUGUUUAACUAUGAGUUCCUGCUGCAUAAACUGUGGGGUCUGUCCAUCUUUCAUGUUGAGGAGGACCUUAAAGCUGCCAUCAUACCAGAGAAAGAGCUUCUGGAUGUCAAGGUGUUGGGUCAGGUUUUGUGUCUUUCUCACUCUGUGCUAUUAAAUGAUCCAUGCCAGCUGGCCUCUCAACUGUUGGGCCGUUUGGAGCGGAUAAUUUCCCAAGAUAAACCUGUUGCUUUAGGUGACCCAAGACAGUACACUUUUCUGCAUGAUCUGAUGGCACAGUGCAAGAGCUCUUCUUUACCAGUUCUUGUGCCCUCCUACACCUGCCUGUUUCCUCCAGGCGGACUUGUACACACACUCCUGUCAGGUCAUAUGAGUGCUGUGACAGCUCUGGCUCAUGGUCGGCAUUGCAUCAUUUCCUGCUCCUGUGAUGGAAUGCUAAAUCUGUGGCUUCUGGAUGAGCAAACGAGACCCGUGAGGUCCUUACCGAGGGCUCGAGGACCUGCAGUGGACUGGGCCUCUGACUCGCUCACCCUCUGUCUGGAUGACAGUGUGCUUGUGCUACAGAUGGGCCACUGUCUCCAGGUGAGAGAGGUGGAUUCUGGGAAGGUGCUGUACAUGGAGAAGGAUUCUCUGGAUGUUCCUGUCGUCACAACUGCCUGUGAUGGUCGGUUGCUGGUGGUUUUUUAUGACGGAAGUCACCUGGUUAAGGUGUUUGAUCUUGUGGCGUCUUGUUCACUGCUGCGCUGUGUAAACCUCACCCUGGACUUCGAGCCCGUCCACAAAGAUCAGUCCAUCUUAGUGUCUCGCCACUCUUUCAAAGACUACGUUCUCUUGGCCUACAGGGAUGGAGGAGAAGCAGCAAUAUUCAAUGCUAAAAGCGGAGUUGUGUCGGUCACAUUGAAAGCUCAGCACCCUGCAGCAUCUAUACAAGCUGUAGAGAUCAGCUCUCAGUAUUUACUGCUCUUCUGCAGCUACCCCUAUAAAAGACACGGUGAAAUCAUUCACAUUGAACUGUUCAGCACAGCAUCUUUCCAGUACCUGCGCUCUAUCUUGGGUUGCAGUCAGGACUACGUUUCCCAGGUCACCAUUGCAGGGGGAGGGUCCCACAUUGUGGCCUUUUGUCCCACCCCUCACAGCACCACUACAGAAAUUGUUAUCUGGAACCUAGAGACUGAAGAUCAUAAACACAUGGCACGGUUUCCUGGCCUGCUGGCUCACGGUGUGUGUUCUGAUCUGCGGUACUGUGUGGGUUUCUGUCCCGGGGAGCGAUGCUUGCGCAUGUGGAACCUGGCAUCCAGAAUAAAUGACCAAACACUCACAUAUAACGUGCACAAAGUACACAGCGACGGGACAUCUGAGAUUGUAACCAUGCAGAGAUAUCCAAGGUACGUAGUGUGUCAAAGCACCCGUCCCGGGACUGUGAGAAUCUGGAAUGUGGCACGGACACGAUUUAAGGGUCGUCCUGUGCAGGUGGAGCACGGCCUGUUCUCCUCUUCAGACAUUGCUCUUGUACGAGACCUGAAAGUCUAUAUUCUGUCCGACCACGGCGCCGCCAAUUUCACCGAUACGCCUACAUCUGUCUACCAGACAUUGCUGGUGUACGACCUUCUUAAAAAGAGCUACGUUAAGAAACAGUCUGGACUGUUCAUCGUGCCCUGUCCUCGACAGGACUAUCGGCUCUUAGAUGGUGAAAUACUGCUGGGCCUUUCAGAAACACGGGACCAUCUGAUAUUGUGGGAUCUGGACUCUGGCUACAUUAAAGGGCGUAUCAAGACGUCUUACAAAGAAACCCUACUCUCCAGCAUGGACAGAGAUUCCCAAAUUAUGUCCUCAAAAGAAAAGACAGGCCUAGUAAUGCCAUGGGACAGGCGCACCGAAACCCAAACGGCAAAAAGAAGGAGACAAGACCGUGAGGUGAAGAGGGAAAAAGAUGAACAGCAGCGCCUCGACAGAGAGAAGUUCAACUCUAUAGACCAGUAUCUUCUCAGUGGUGAUGAGCAGGUGGUCAUCUGCUCAUAUUUUGCCCAUCAUCUCAACGUCUUCAGUGUGGUUUCUGAAGAGCAUCUGCACACCCUGGAGGACCGCUGGUCCCAUCUGAGCCUCCGUACUGCCGCGAUCACUCACUCUGGGGGGUACUUGGUGGUUUCCAACUACAGCGAAGCCCAACAUGCUCCAUACCUCACCGUUUGGGAUACACAGCAGGGAAAAGUGCGGAAGAGAUUGAAAAAUGAACCUGGAAUCUGCUGCAUAGCUAUAAGCGAUGAUGCCUGCAGAGUGGUUUUCGCAUUGCAGGAUUCAACAAGUUAA